AUGGAUUCUGGGGUGAAAUGUUUUGUAGUAUCGCCCAGUAAUAGUCAGUUCUGGCAAACUGAAAACAUCCUAAAUUCAAAGCUCGCCAUUCUCUCCGUCCAAAUUGGAUACGUCGUAUUGUUUUCUCGUCUCUUCUACUUUAUCUUAAAACCCCUCCAUCAACCUCGUCUUAUUGCAGAUAUCUGUGCGGGUUUCUUACUUAGGGCAACAUUACUAGCGGGAUUCCCACAAAUUUAUAAAUUCAUAUAUCCAAUGAAUGGGGUCUUUAAUGUGGAAGUCCUGUGUACCAUUGGUAUCAUUUUCUAUGCAUUCCUCAGUGGUUUGGAGAUGAACUUAAAUACCAUUCUACACGUACAAAAAAAGGCUGCAAGCAUAGCCGUUGCCGGGAUAAUCUUUCCCAUGGUUAUGGCACCAGGUUUAUAUGCUCUAUAUCGAAAAUUUCAUGUCAUUAGUGAUCUAUAUAGCCUUGAAGGAAGUACAGUUCAAGCCUAUCUAUUUUGGACUUUAGUUCUCACGGUUACAGGUUUUCCAGUCAUUGCACACACCCUUUCUGAGCUCAAACUCCUUUAUACUGGUCUUGGCAAAGCCGCUUUAAUAGCUGGCAUGAUUAGUGAUACUUAUAGUUGGAUUCUAUUCACAUUAUUGGUUCCAUUCACAAUUAAUGGUCCUAGAGCCAUCUACUCAGUGCUAAGUACCAUGUUAUUCAUUGUUUUUCUCGUCUUUGUAUUACGUCCUAUCAUUGUAAGGUUUAUUGAUCGCAAGACAGAUAAGGAUGAAUGGGAUUAUGAUCAAUUACUGUUUGUGAUCAUGGGGGUUGUAGCUUGUUCAUAUAUUACUGAUAUUCUUGGCACACAUGGCAUUGUUGGAGGUUUUGUGUUUGGAUUAAUUUUACCUCAUGGUAGAUUUGCGGACUUGGUGAUUUCAGUUGCUGAUGAUUUUGGUGGUGGGUUUCUAGCACCACUCUUCUUUGCUGGUAGUGGAUUGAGAUUAGGGUUGCCAAUCAUUAUUAACCAGGCGAAUUGGCCAAUGACACUGCUUAUCGUGCUCUUGUUAUGUGUCCCAAAGAUUCUAAGCACUUUAUUUGUCACUUCUUUCUUUGGUAUGCGCACUCGAGAUGGUUUAGCACUUGGAUUACUUCAGAAUACAAAGGGCGCAAUUGCACUCAUAAUGCUAAACAUUUCUUGGGAUAGAAAGAUUGUUUCUGUACCAACCUUUACUGUUCUUCUCUCUGGUGUUCUUCUCAUGACUGUAAUAGUGUCUCCCGUCAUCGAUCUCGUCUUCAAGCCAAGAAAGAGAUUUGAGCAGAACAAGUUAAAGACUGUACAAAAGCUAAGAGCAGAUUCAGAGCUCCGAAUUAUGGCAUGCGUCCACAAUACCCGCCAUGCCUCUGGCAUGGUCAAAAUCAUUGAAUCUUUUAAUACCACCAGAGUUUCACCAAUACAUGUUGUUGCCCUUUACCUUGUUGAACUUACAGGACGUGGUGCUGCCCUUGUCGCUGCCCAUAUGCACAAGAUUAGUAGCCAUCCCGGAGAACAGAAUCUGACCAGAACACAGGCAGAGUUAGAAAGCAUCACCAAUACCUUUGAAGCAUUUGGACAGUCAUAUGAUGCUGUGAGAGUCGAGACCUCAAAUGUUGUGUCAGACUAUGCAACCAUUCAUGAGGACAUAUACAAUGCAGCAAAUGAGAUAGGCACAAGCUUAAUUGUUCUUCCAUUUCACAAACAUCAAACUUCAGAAGGUGCGCUUGAAACAACCAAUGUAUUGUACAAAGAUAUAAACCAAAAUGUAAUGCAAGGUGCACCUUGUUCUGUGGGAAUCUUUGUUGAUCGUGAUCUUGGGUCAGUGUCCAAAAUGAACAUGCGGGUUAUUAUGAUCUUUGUUGGAGGGCCUGACGAUCGUGAAGCCUUAGCUGUUACAUGGAGGAUGGCAGGGCAUACAGGAAUCAAACUAUCAGUGGUUCGGAUUCUUUUGUUUGAUGAAGUUGCAGAAGUAGACACUUCAGUUCAAGAUGAUGCAAGAGGGAUGUUAUCUUCUGUAAUGGAUAAUGAGAAGCAGAAGGAGGUGGAUGAUAAGUAUAUAAAUUCAUUCAGACUUAAGGCAGUGAACAAUGAUGAUUCUAUAUCCUACUCAGAGUUUGAUGCACAUACCGGUGAAGAUAUUCCAAAAAUUCUCAACGAGCUAGAAAAAACUGGCUGCGAUUUAUACAUAGUUGGACAAGGGAAUUGUAGGAACUCUAAGGUCUUGUCAAGAUUAUUGGAAUGGUGUGAUUGCUUAGAACUUGGACUUAUAGGGGAUAUGUUGGCAUCAACCACUUUUGGUUCACGCUCAUCUUUGCUAGUUGUGCAACAAUAUGGGUAUGGAGGCAUGGUUUUUGGAAAGCAAGAAAACCACAAGGCCACUAAUAAUGAGGGCUUUAAGCAGCUUGUUGUGAAGACUGAAUGA